UUUGUCACCAUUUAUGAUCUUCCAAAUUCAGAGGCGAAUUGGGAUGUCGAAUUCGUAAAAAGGGUAAUCUUGUUUCCCGAAUUCGUGGAAUCUCGCGGAAUUUUUUCCUACCUCUUGCGCGUCUUUUCGGAAUUUGAUUUCUGGGUUUUGUCCCAUCUCUGGUCGGCAAUGCGCUGUUCUGAGUUCCGUUUUGAUUGAAUCGCGAUGUGAGCGAGGGUCUUUUCGCGGUGAAAAAUGCAGAUGUUUGGCGCUGUUUGAUCUUGUUUAACAUCGGAUUUGAAUCACAUUGCAAUUUGAGAUCAUCGUCUCGACUUGAAAUCUGUCGAACUUUGUCGGCGAUUCCGCGGAUGGAUGGAUUCGUCAAAAAGGGUGUUCUAGUUAUGAUGAACUUUUCUCUGUAGAGUAUUGUUUCAUUCCCUUAUCCGGCCGUGGCUCUCCCGUGCAAAUGUAUGUGGAUGUAGUACUUUGGUAGCCUGCGAGAGGGAAUUUCAAAGGAUUCUGUGAGGGGAGAUAUGAUAAUUCGAUCAAGAGGGUUUGAGAUACAAUGACUGGACAGUCAUUGGGACUUCGUAAUGGGAGUUAUGGCACAUUGCAGUUGCCCAACGGCGGGAUACCAUUGUUACAGACGACAAAGCUUUCAACUUUUUCGCGUAGAGCAUCUUCAAAGAUGCUCACUUCAAGCUCUAAGGAGAAGGAGAGGUCUCUCUCCUCCUUAUGUUGCUGGUGCCUUGGCCGAAGGCGAGUUGCUAUGUUGCUGCUUCUCAUCCUCGCCCUCGUUGUCUUUGUACUUGGUUCUUUCACUGUCAACAAAGAGAGCAGCAGUCCAAAUAUCUAUCAGCAUAUCGGAACAAUGGGUUUUAGAAGUAAUCAGGCAUUUGGAAAUCAAGGUUCUUUUUGGGGGAAUGACGUUGAAGGAACUGAUGUAGAGAUGGUCCAUCCUCCUCCGUUGCACCAUCCAUGCAAGAGCUUUUCAUUUCCUCCUCCUCCUCCGCCUGGACUGAGAAGGCCUGGGCCACGACCAUGUCCAGUAUGCUAUCUUCCACCAGAUGAGGCCUUUGCACGUAUGCCGAAGUAUCCAUCGGAAUCUCCAGUGCUCAAGAAUUUGACAUACAUCCGUGAUGAAAGUAUUCUAAAACUUGAAGGUCAAGGUCAAGGAAGCUCAGAAUUUGGAGGCUUUCCUUCUCUAGAGCAGAGGAACGACUCUUUCAAUAUAAGAGAGUCCAUGGCAGUGCAUUGUGGAUUCGUUAAAGGAAAGAAACCAGGCAUCCAAACUCUAUUUAACAUUGAUGAGGAUAUCCUUGAUGAACUGGAGCAGUUCCAUGAUGUCAUUGUUGCGUCAGCUGUAUUCGGGAAAUAUGACAUAAUUCAGGAACCACGGAACAUUAGUGAAGUAGCAAAGAAGAACAUCCCUUUCUACAUGUUUGUUGAUGAAGUAACAGAAGCCUAUCUGAGGAAUACCACCGCUUAUACAAAUGAUAACAAGAGGGUGGGAUUGUGGAGAAUCAUUGUUGUACACAGUGUACCUUACGACGAUGCAAGGCGGAAUGGAAAGGUCCCAAAGCUUCUCUUGCAUAGGCUAUUCCCAAAUGUCCGGUACUCUAUAUGGAUUGAUGCGAAACUCCAGCUUGUUGUAGACCCAUAUCAAAUCCUUGAAAGGUUCUUGUGGCGUGUGAAUUCCAGUUUUGCAAUAUCGCGACACUACAGACGUUUCGACGCAUAUGAAGAGGGCGAGGCAAAUAAAGCUGCAAGAAAAUACGACAACGAAACCAUUGACUACCAAAUGGAGUUCUAUAAGAAGGAGGGUUUAACCCCUUAUUCCGAGGCUAAGCUCCCGAUAACCAGUGACGUUCCUGAGGGCUGUACCAUCAUAAGAGAACACAUACCCAUCACAAAUCUUUUCACUUGUGUUUGGUUCAACGAAGUUGCUCGGUUUACUUCAAGGGAUCAGCUAAGCUUUGCCAUCGUAAGGGAUAAGAUAAGGGCAAGAGUUCAUUGGAGCAUCAACAUGUUCUUGGAUUGCGAGCGACGUAACUUUGUGAAGCAGGUAUACCACAGGGACAUCCUGAUGAAACUGACACCUCCGGUGGCAAGAUUUCCCGAGCCACCGGCUCUGCCACUUGGAAGAUCACCGGGAAGGGAUAUCGGCGGCAAGAGGCGUGGAAGAGAUAGAAGGUCCUGGUCAAGGCGUCACCGCAAGAUCUCUGCCGGAAACCGAGACAGCGUCUCGUAAUAGAAGAUUUCCCAUUACAUUCAUUAAUAUCUCUGCAGUUUUUUUUUUUUAUUUUCCCCUUCUUUGUAAAUACAAUGUUCUUGUUAACGGCUUUUUAGUUUUAAAUCUA